GCCUGGCUGUGCUGACCCGCCGACGGACCGCCCCCUCUCGGCCUGCAGGACGCCGGCUGCUGGAGAUGGGCGCCCGGUCCUCGAGGCGGCGGCUGCCGGCGGACCCGCCCAUGGCCCUGGACGCGCUGCCCCCCGAGCUGCUCGUGCAGGUGCUGAGCCACGUGCCGCCGCGCGCGUUAGUGGCGCAGUGCCGCCUGGUGUGCCGCGCCUGGCGCGACGUGGUGGACGGGCCCACCGUGUGGCUGCUGCAGCUGGCCCGCGACCGCAGCGCCGAGGGCCGCGCACUCUACGCCGUGGCUCAGCGCUGCCUGCCCGACAGCGAGGACGACGAGGAGCUCCCGCUCUGCGCCCUGGCGCGCUACUGCCUGCGCUCCCCCUUCGGCCGCAACCUCAUCUUCAACUCCUGCGGAGAGCAGGGCUUCAAAGGCUGGGAGGUGGAGCACGGCGGGAACGGCUGGGCCGUGGAAAAGAACCUGACACUGGUGCCCGGGGCUCCUUCCCAGACCUGCUUCGUGACUUCUUUCGAAUGGUGCUUCAAGAGGCAGCUCGUGGACCUGGUGAUGGAGGGGAUAUGGCAGGAGCUGCUCGACAGCGCCCAGAUUGAGAUCUGUGUGGCCGACUGGUGGGGCGCCCGAGAGAACUGCGGCUGCGUCUACCGGCUGCGGGUCCGCCUCCUAGACGUGUACGAAAACGAAGUGGUCAAGUUCUCAGCGUCACCCAACCCGGUCCUUCAGUGGACUGAGAGGGGCUGUCGACAGGUCUCCCACGUCUUCACCAACUUCGGCAAGGGCAUCCGCUACGUGUCUUUUGAGCAGUACGGGAGAGACACACGUUCUUGGGUGGGGCACUAUGGCGCCCUUGUGACCCACUCCAGCGUGAGGGUCAGGAUCCGUCUGUCCUAGCGACUGGCCUGGACGGGCCUUCCAGGACGCACUGCCAUCUGCCAGACCUUGUCAUUCAAGAGCGGCUUUGCAGCCGGGAAUCCGAGGAUGCCUAGGGACAGUGGCCAUCCCACGUGGCCUGUUCGCAGCACACCUCCCAGGAACCCCACUUGCUGCUGCUUCAGCGUGGUGGCGCUCGCGCCGUGUGACAAACCAGGGACCCCACCAGGCUGUUCACAGCUUCCUCAGCUCCCCAGGUGGGCGGGUCAAGAAAUAACUCAGAGACGUGUAGUUAGUGGUUUGCCUGCAAAUUGUCUCCUCCCACGUGGUACAUGGAGUCAAGAAACAAAAGCCAGCCCAGAUUACAGUGGAGGGGACAGCUGCCGACAGGGGGCGCAUUGACUCUUGCCGGCUUGUUUGGGGGCAGGCUGAUCGCUGGCAGGGGGCAGAGGUCAGUUGGGGCAGUCUGUCCCUGAGACAGACAGGGGCACGAAAGAAGCCUUUUCUGUUGUUUGGGGGAGUCUGGGAUUCUGCUGCGGGGCCGUGUAAGCGGCCAACCCCGUGCGACACGACCUGCGCUGCCCACCAGCUCCUCCUCUCCUGGUGCUGCUUCUCCCAUCAGAAUUCUGAGUCCAGGCUCAGGUUCUCACCUCCUCCCAGGGUUCCUCCAGCACCCUCCAGCAUACAGACCCCUGGAGCCAGGCGUGCCAAGAGGGAAAGCUCUUCCAGCUCCUGCCCCCUACCCACUCCCACCUGCUGGCGUUUCUCCCGGAUUCCCAGCUGGGCCUGGCCAACAAACUAGC